AUGAGCAGUUUCAACACUUCGGAUCUUGGGUUUGCUGUUGGAGCUGGGAACGGGAAGCAUGUUGAUUGGUCGCGAUUUGCGUAUACCCAAUAUGCCACCGACCGGUUUUAUUUGUGCAAUUCGCUCAUGCUGUUUGAGAGUCUCCACCGGCUUGGCAGCAAGGCUGAUCGCGUGUUGAUGUACCCCUCUGAGUGGCCCGUAUCUGAGGAAAUUUUAAAGGAGAGUCGUAUGCUUCGCUACGCACGGCACCAUUAUGGGGUUAAGCUCAAGCCAAUUGAGAUACAGAUAAAGUUUGGGAGUGAUAAGACGUGGUCAAAGAGCUACACAAAGCUGCUCGCGUUUAACCAAACAGAAUAUGGCCGUAUUCUUAACUUGGAUUCAGAUGCAACCAUUCUGCAAACUAUGGACGAGUUAUUCCUAGCCCCGUCCAGCUCCGUCGCCAUGCCCUUAGCCUACUGGAAAGUUAAGGAAAAAGGAGUUUUUACCUCUGCUCUCAUUCUGAUUCAACCGUCUGCGGCUGCAUUUGAUCGCACUAUGGAUGCAAUUUCUACUGCCAACUCUAGUACAUUUGACAUGGAAAUUAUGAACAACAUAUACAAAGAAACUACACUUACUAUACCACAUCGGCCGUAUAUUCUUCUGACUGGAGAAUUCCGCUCUAAUACACACGAGGCAUAUCUAGGGAAUUCCGGGGAAACGUGGGAUGCCGAAAAGGUCUUUAAGGAGACUAAAUAUUUGCAUUUUUCUGACUGGCCUGUUCCUAAGCCAUGGAUUAAACCUCACCCUGGUGUGGUGGAAGAAUAUCAGCCUCCAUGCGAGUUGAACCCGGCAACUGGUCAGAAAGAUGACUGCCGCGCCAAAAACCUUUGUCUCAUCAACAUGGCUCCAACAAAAUCUGACAUCAAGGCUCGCCUUCCCAUCCGCAAGCGAGAGGCUAUCAAGAGUCACUCCAUAGACGAAGAGACGUUGUUGAUUUGGAAGGUAGUCAAGCUGACCAACGAAGAACUCUGUCACCCAGCCCUCGCUAAUACUACGGAACAUUUUGGUGACACUGAGGAUCACAAGGAGGCGAAAGACUCUGAUAACGCGAAUGAUGCCAACGAAGACAAGGAUGCUGAAUGA